GUGUCUCUGCCGUUAAAUGUCCUUGUGCUACCGAAGCUCCAUGAAGCAACGUUCCCGCAUGAUCAUUAGCACGGUGUGCAGCCGGCCCAAUAAAUCAGCGCGACUUCCAUGCAUUCCAUGGGGAAAGUUUGUGUCACCAAAUCCAGGGCGAAGCGAAUCACCCAACUUGGGAAAGUGGGGGUUUCCCAGCAAUUACGCAGUACCCAGCAUCCUCACAGAGCCAAGCUACGGUGGGCCAUAAAAGAGUGAAGUUGGGAUAUACGCCCUAACCCACAUAGGACUUCAGCCAGUUGAGACGACACGAUGGCAGAGCCUCCAACCCAGAGUCCGGCCAAGUCUCCAGCCCAGAGUCCGGCCAAGUCUCCAACCCCCGAAGCUCCAUCGCCAGCUCCAUCGCCAGCUCUAGAGCAAGCUUCGGAGAAUCCCGCAAUCGAGGCCGCCAGCGAAGCCGGCGAAGAAGACGAGUUCCUCAGCGAGGGUUACGAGACGUCGUCUGCGCUGUCCACGAGUGCCACGUCGAGUAUCUACGCCCACACUAUCGAGCAUGGCCGCCGCUACCAGUCCUUCAAGAAUGGUCGCUAUCCCGUUCCCAACGACGACAUGGAGCAGAACAGGGAGGAUAUGAAGCAUGCCAUGAUGCUGGAGCUCACUGACGGGAGGUUGUUCUACGCUCCUGUCGAGAACCCCCAGCUCAUUGUAGAUAUUGGCACUGGGACAGGCAUAUGGGCUAUUGAUGUCGGCGACCAGUACCCGGGCGCUCGCGUGCGCGGCAUGGAUCUGUCUCCGAUCCAGCCAGUCUGGGUCCCUCCCAAUGUCGAAUUCCUAGUGGAUAACUGCGAGAACGAAUGGCUGAUGCGCGACUGUGAUCUUGCCCAUUUCCGAUACACGAUACCAGUGCUGAAGGACGUCCCCAAGAUCUUAGGCAAUGCAUACGAGAGCAUCAAGCCAGGUGGCUGGAUAGAGCUACAGGAGCUCAACAGCUCUCUGCACUGCGACGACGGCACAAUGCCCGACGACGACCCGGUGAAGCGGAUGUACGAGCUGAUCGUAGAGGCAUUCACCAAGUUCGGCAUGGACGUGGUCCUGCCCGCGAAGCUCGAACCCCUGCUCCGCGACGCCGGAUUCGAAAACAUCCAGUGCAUAGUCAAGAAGGUCCCCAUCGGCGUCUGGGCCAAAGACAAGACCCUGAGGCUCAUCGGGCUGUACCAGAAGACUGCUGUUCUCGACUUCAUGCCGGCCCUUGCUGGACGGCCGUUCAAGGCUUUGGGUAUGUCGGAGGCAGAAAGCCAGGUGACGCUGGCCCUGGCGCGGAACGCCUUGGGGGACUCGAGCGUCCAUCGGUAUUUCAAUUACUACUUCUGGUAUGCCCAGAAGCCGGGAUCGAAUUGAAGAGAGGUGUAGCGACUUUAGCAUUUCAUGGGUUCACGGGGCCACAUGGCGAGUUGUGGCCGUCCGGCAGAGGCGAGUGGAACGGACGGCACAAAGCGUGGCAGGUGCAUAAGGGCGAGGCAUGGAGCGAAAACGAGUAUGCACGCAUUAUUGGGUCUUUGCCCGUUCAUAAAUCUUCAUCUCUGAUGUAGAUAAGACUGAUAUA